AUGGGUGCAAUUAAUACAGGUGUUGUACAGACGUCUACCCUCGUGCAGCAAUUGCGCGAAAAAAUGCGCGCACACAACUUGCAGGCAUACAUUGUGCCCUCCGAAGAUGAGCACGCCAGCGAAUAUCCCUCCGACGCUGACCUGCUCCGUGGCUACAUCUCCGGAUUCAAUGGCUCAGCUGGCUGUGCUUUGAUCACAAUGAAGGAGGCUCUGCUUUUUACCGAUGGUCGCUACUUUUUGCAGGCUUCGCAGCAGCUGGAGCCGAACGUUUGGACGCUGAUGAAGUCGGGCGAGCCGGGUGUUCCAACGUGGCAGUCCUGGUUGGUCGAAGAGCUCCCCGCGAAGUCACGCAUUGGUGUCGAUCCGAAGGUGAUCAGCGUUGAAGACGCGCUGGAGCUGAGCGCUUCCCUGUGCUCUGUCUCGUCGUCGUUGGUGCCGCUGCGCGACAACCUCGUGGUUGAGAUUUGGACUGACCGCCCACAGCGCCCUCAGGAGCCCAUCCGUAUGCUACCAGAUUCAAUUACUGGUCGUUCCUUUGAAAACAAGCUAGCGGAACUGCGCGCCGAAAUUGCGAAAAAACGGGCACAGUGCUUUGUGGCGACCAUGCUUGACGAAGUUGCCUGGCUUUUUAACUUGCGCGGCAAUGACGUUCCGUACAACCCUGUCUUUUUCGCAUUCGCUAUUAUCACGCUUGACACUUGUACGAUCUACGUGCACGAAAAGCAGGUGGGCGACGAUGUUCGCCAGCAUCUGGGCACGUCCGUGCAAAUUCGCGGGUACGACACAUUUUAUGACGAUCUCAAGGCGCUGGACCUACGUGCCCUCAUCGGUAAGCGCGCCUCAUGGGCUGUGUACGAAGCUCUGGGUGCGGACCAGGCCCAAAUUACGCGCUCGAUCAUUGUCGACCAGAAAAGCAUCAAAAAUGCCGUUGAGCAGGACGGCUUCCGCGAGUCUCAUAUCCGAGAUGGCGCUGCGCUAGUCUCCUACUUUGCGUGGCUCGAGGAGGCGCUCCAGGCUGGCCGCACCGUGACAGAGACGGAGGGUGCGAAACAGCUGGAGCGCUUCCGUGAGGCCCAGGCCGAUUUUGAGGGCCUGAGCUUCACGACGAUUUCGUCGACGGGUCCUAACGGUGCCAUUAUUCACUAUGCGCCUCCUGAGGAAGGAAGUCCUGCGAUUAGCGCUAACGAUCUCUAUGUCUGUGACUCGGGCGGUCACUACACAUUCGGUACGACAGAUGUGACACGCACUUUGCACUUUGGCACACCUACCGAGGAGCAGCGCCGCUGCUUCACGCGUGUGCUUCAGGGCCAUAUUGCCAUUGACAGGCUCGUAUUCCCUAACAACACGACGGGCUAUGUGAUUGACGCGCUUGCGCGUGCACCUGGCUGGCGCGACCACCUUGAGUACCGACAUGGCACUGGCCACGGUGUGGGUCACUACCUGAAUGUGCACGAGCCGCCCAUGGGCAUUGGCACGCGCAUCGUAUUCAACGAGACGGGUCUCAAGGCCGGCAUGGUUUUGAGCAAUGAACCGGGCUACUACCUCGACGGCAAGUGGGGUAUCCGCAUUGAGAACCUCGUCAUUGUGCAGCCACACAAGCUGCCCAGCGGUGAAGAGCCUCCUACAAGCAAGGGCUUUUUGCAGUUCGAGCGCAUCACCAUGUGCCCGAUUCAGACUAAGCUGAUCGACUCUUCACUGAUGACGCCGGAAGAGCGCGCGUGGGUCAACGAGUACCACGAUGAAGUUUUGGAGAAGCUGCGUCCCCGUCUGGCCGGGGACGAGCGCGCUCUGCGCUGGCUCGAAAAAGAGUGCGCGCCGCGUCUAUAG